CACGUUUUUUUUCCUUAUUUUAAGCAUGAGGAACCAUGUGGUUGUAUUCAUGCAUGGUUAGUCACAUUUCACAAACUAUACACAAUAAUCACUACAAAUACAACACCUCUCCCUUACAUUUCUCUACAAAAUAGAAACAAACCAACCUUCACCUUCACCAUAGCCAUAUAACUUGAGCAGCCAUGUUUGCUUUGCUUCUCAUGUCUUUCUACUCUCUUAUCUUUCUCUACCUAAUCUUACGAAAAAUCCAUACUACUUACACCAAAUCCUCUUCUUCUUCCUCUAAUGCUCCUCCAUCUUACCCUUUCAUUGGCUGCCUAAUCUCUUUUUACCGAAACUGCCAUCGCCUUCUAGAUUGGUAUACCGAACUACUGUCCACGUCACUCACGCAGUCGAUUGUAGUGCAUCGCCUAGGCUCGCGUCGCACAAUCGUAACUGCAAACGCGUCGAACGUCGAGUACAUUCUCAAAACGAACUUCCACAACUUCCCUAAAGGGCAACCAUUCACAGAGAUUCUCGGCGAUUUUCUCGGUCACGGAAUAUUCGCCGUGGACGGCGAGUCAUGGAGCGCUCAGAGGAAGUUAGCGAGUCACGAGUUCACUGCAAAGUCGUUGAGAGGAUUUCUGGUGGAGACGCUCAGAGACGAAGUCGAGAGCCGGCUGGUGCCGGUGCUUGAAGAAGCAAUGGAGAGUGAGAGAGUGCUGGAUUUGCAGGAUUUGUUGAAGAGAUUCGCGUUUGAUGUGAUCUGUAAGGUGUCGUUGGGUGUUGAUCCGUGUUGUUUGGAUUUUUCAAAACCUGUGAUGGAUCUCGUUCAGGCGUUUGAUACGGCGUCGUUUAUGAGUGCGAUGCGAGGAGUGGAACCUGUACAAGCGGUGUGGAAGAUUAAGCGACUGUUCAAUUUAGGUUCUGAGAGGAAGCUGAAGGAAGCAUUGAAAGUUGUUCAUGAUUCCGUCAACGAAAUCAUCGAAAACAAGAAGAACAAAAUUGAAGAACGAAGAACAUGCGAUCGUACUGAUAACGAUCUCCUGUCGAGAUUGUUGUUGGCGGGAAAUGAAGGAGAAGUGGUGAGAGAUAUGACGAUAAGCUUCAUCAUGGCAGGAAGAGACACCACCUCGGCGGCGAUGACGUGGCUCUUCUGGUUGCUCUCUAAUCACAAACCCGCAGAGCAGAUGAUUGUGAGCGAAGCAACAACAGUAGUGGUAAAAAAUGGCGAAGAAAUUAGGUUUUUAAGCUAUGAAGCUUUGAAGGAAAUGAAUUACUUGAAAGCUUGUUUGUGCGAGUCCAUGAGGCUGUAUCCACCUGUAGCAUGGGACUCCAAGCAUGCCUUGAACGACGACGUUUUACCAGACGGGACUUUCGUUAGAAAGGGAGACAGAGUGACCUAUUUUCCAUACGGGAUGGGGAGGAUGGAGGAGUUGUGGGGGAAGGACAUGCUCGAGUUUAAACCGGACCGGUGGUUCGAUGAACCGGUUGUUGAAGGUGGUGGAGGUGCAUUGAAGUCGGUGAGUCCGUACAAGUUUCCAGUUUUUCAGGCCGGUCCAAGGGUUUGUCUUGGGAAGGAGAUGGCGUUUAUUCAGAUGAAAUAUGUGAUGGCUUCGGUUUUGAGCCGGUUCGAGAUCGAACCGGUCAAUGAGGAACAGCCGGUUUUUGUUCCUCUCCUAACAGCUCACAUGGUUGGUGGGCUCAAAGUGGUGGUCCGGAAAAGGAGGGUCUAACUUGGUUUGUAAAGUAUAGGUCUACCGACAACGCUUGCCAAGAACAUUUAUUAUUAUCGAGAAGCCUAAACCACGUCAACUGAGAUAGAGGAAAUGUUUUGGCCUUUUCGGCAAGUUUGGUACAAGGGAAUGCGAAUUGAAUAGGAAAAACUGAUGGCACAGUUGCAGGCAUUUGAAGUACAAUAAUGGAUGUUAUGCUAUAUAAAUAUUUUAGAUUGUUAAUGCUCUAUUAGAUUUGAGUUUCUUGUUAAUGCUAUGAUUAGCUUAGGUUUUUUUUGUCCCUGCUAGAUACGGUGGUCUUGGUAGGACAGCAUGGUUACUGUGGGAAAAUUAUGGUUCUUGCUUUUUCUAGCAAUUGCCAAUUGCAUUGGCUAUUUAGGCCAUCAAAUUUUGUUGGGAA